GCCAUCAUGUUCACUAAGGCUAUCUUCGCCCUCGCCCUUGUGGCCGUCACUCUGGCUGCUCCUUCACAGCCUUCCUACGGAUAUGCUCCUCCGGCGACCUAUGACGCUCCUGCCCAAUAUGACUUCAACUACGCCGUGAAGGACGACUACUCCGGCAACGACUUCGGUCAUCAAGAAACCCGUAACGGCUAUGACACUCAGGGUUCCUACUACGUCCUCCUUCCCGACGGUCGUCUGCAGAAGGUCGCCUACACUGUCAACGGCGACUCCGGUUACGUGGCUGAGGUCAGCUACGAGGGUGAGGCCCAGUACCCCGAGUACAAGCCCGCUCCUUACCAUCCUGAACCUGCCUACAAGCCAGCUCCUUUGAACCUGCCUACAAGCCGCUCCUUACCAUCCUCCUGA